AUGCCCGUGAAGGGGAAGAGUUGCCGGAUUCAGAUGGUAUUUAUAUGUCCGUAUUUUUUUUCAACGUCAUCUGUCUACAAAUCUUUCUGAAACCUUACUAAAUCUUUCUAUAAACUGAGAAUUUUCAUUUUUUCGGGGUCAUGCAAGACCAUAUGCAAGUUUACAUUAUACGACUGCGACUUGAAUUUUAUUUUAAAAGCGGUAAAAAGUGCAUUGUUAGACAAUAAUCAAUAUGUCAUAAUGUCAAUAGUCUUUUUGUUUGUUUGUUUUUUGUCUUUGCAGAUGCAGAACAAAGUCAAAGUCUUCCCGAAUCCCGAAAUGGAAAGUAAGUUUUUUAUAGUAAGAAUUCCAAUUUUGUUUGAAUUGAAUAGUCCAUGAUAUAUAAUACCAUAUUUUGUAGAUGUGCCAAACAUUGAAAUGGUGCCAGUUAAAUGCUGAAACAGCGCCAGUGGUUCAAACCAGAGCCAAAACCUUAACAGUAUGAUUAUGCAUUAUGUAUUUGUUUAAUAUUCAUGGCUAAUAUAGACUAUAAUAUAAACAAUAUAAUAAACAUGAAAAUAUAAUAGUUUCCCUACCAUUUGCCCUUUGGGUAGUAUUAUGCUAUGUGUUUAAUGAAGUCUUAGAUGAACAUUUAGUAAACUACAUAUUUUUAAUAGGUCAGUUGGCAGUGAAAGAAAACCAAAGGCAAAAGGUUGAAUUUAAAGGUAAUGCAUGUCUGUUAUUUAAAAUUGUUUGUUAUUUAAAAGAUGUCAAACUAAACAUAUAACCUAUUGAAGUGUCAUAUAUACUUCUUCAUUUAGGAAAAUGUCAUAAUUGUGGCCAGAAAGGCCACACACAAAUCAACAAGUUGUAAGAAACGUAUGUGUUUUCCUUUUAUCUUUUCAAAAUAAAGACUAAUCCUACCUCAAUUACUACCUAUUGGGCUAUAACUGUGUCUAGGGGAGUAUAUAAUUUCUAUAUUACCACAUGCUUGUUAAUUGGUCAGUUACAAGUCAAUAGUACAUUUUUCCUUUUUCUCUAUUUACAGCUUACAAUUGAGAUCAAGCAAGUAAGUUUAGAAAAUGUUUUUUGUAUUGUAAUAAUUAACUACUAGUAAUUAAAUUCAGAUUAAAAUACUUUAUGAUAUUCUGUCUUGUAGGAAGAUUAAAAGAAGAUGUUAUCAAUGUGGCAAGCCAGGCCACAUUGCAAGACAUUAA